AUGAGUUCGCACGCCAACAGUUCCAACCCUGCCCGCCCUUCUAGUUCGCAGCCAAUAGGACUAGGAAUUGUAGGAAUUGACAGUGAGGAGGUUUACAUCCCGCGCGCCAGCAUGCUGCCUGCAGAUGAAUACGCCUAUCUCAAAAAGCAGCACGAACUAGCCCAACAAGCAUGCAAAGAUGAGCCGCUACGAGAGAAACACCGUAGAUUGUCUCAGAAAGCAGACGAAGAGCACAAACUGAUAGUGAACCAAGUCAAAAUGCGCAGCAUGAAUGUGCCUAACGCAACAGAUGAUCGAUGGCUGGAUCCCCACUUCGACCCUGACGAACUUCCCGAAUACUUGUCGGAGCACUUCCCAACCCAUCUGCCACCAGAUAAACAGGAACACUACAACCAACGCGCUCACGAGGAUGAUAGGAAAUUUGAUAGCGGCUAUUAUCAAGAUGAUAUGACCGAGACGUCUUCCGCAACAUGGCGGACACAUGGUACUGUGGACGAAGUACUCGCCACUAGGCUGGCGUAUCUAGCAAGGUACGGACAACGACUUAGCUCUGGUACUGAUCCAACAUUCAUGGCCCUAACUGACCCCCCUGUGAAACAGGAAGUCAAAGCGAAGGUCCAAGAGGAAGUAGUGCAGGAUGUCGAGAAGGAGGAGACACCUUCUCAAGACCUCAACAAGCCUCACUCGCCGCUGCCAGUCCAUAAGCCUGCGAAACUUCGGAAGCCUCUCCCAGGGAGUAAGAGAACCCCAACUACUCGACUCUCGAUUGAUAGCUCGCUAGAUUCUUUCUACGAGCAGCCCACGAGUGCUUUCAGUGACGAUACGAUAGCAAGCCCGUUUUCGCCGUUGAGUCCAAUCGUUGGGCUUGCAAAAGGCCUCAAGAGGAAAAUGAACUCCUCACCCUAG